GUUAUGCUAUGGAGACGGAGUUGAUUCCGUGAAUAUGUAUAGCAGUCGUCACCAUCCACGAACUUGAAACGAAAUGGAGGACGAAAGUGUUCACGAGCAGGGAUAAAGUGGGUUUAGACACGCACCGGAGAUAGCAUCAUGUGCACAAAAUCGAGAUGUAUGUCCUUCUAUAUGUUUUGCUGGGUGCAGGAAGCUGCGCUUUCUCUAUUCGCGUGUGCGUGGCGCUCGGCAGGCCCACGGAUCUCUGCAUACCUCCGCUAACGAGCAGCGCUGGACAAGCACAAAGUUUCUUUCCAUCAGAAGUCAUUGCAAAAUAACACGGAAUCGGGUCAGCUUCCGUGUCGCGCUCGACGCAACACCGCAGACCUCCUCCAAUUCAUGUAAAGGACCGCCAGCCAAUCGUUCGUUCACUAUCUUCCUUCAAUCGGAAUAGAUCGACAAGACAUGAACGAGAUGCCCCCCUCUCUUCCC